GUUUAUAAAACCAAGCAAGCUCACUCACCUGCCAACCAGUUCGCUUCCAGUUUUCAGCUUCCCUGCCAUUUUCCAAGCUCUCUCACUCCGAAUCUCUUCCCUAAAGCCAAAGCUUCUCUGUAAACGAGGGUUAUAAAAGAUGGCCGAGGAGGAUAUUCAACCUCUUGUCUGUGACAAUGGAACUGGCAUGGUCAAGGCUGGGUUUGCUGGUGAUGAUGCUCCAAGGGCAGUGUUCCCAAGUAUUGUUGGGCGACCUCGCCAUACUGGUGUCAUGGUUGGAAUGGGUCAGAAAGAUGCCUAUGUAGGUGAUGAAGCCCAGUCUAAAAGAGGUAUCCUCACCUUGAAGUAUCCUAUAGAGCAUGGCAUAGUCAGCAAUUGGGAUGACAUGGAGAAGAUUUGGCAUCACACUUUCUACAAUGAGCUUCGUGUUUCCCCUGAAGAGCACCCGGUACUUCUUACAGAGGCACCACUCAACCCUAAGGCCAACAGGGAGAAGAUGACCCAGAUCAUGUUUGAGACUUUCAAUGUACCUGCUAUGUACGUUGCCAUCCAGGCUGUUCUGUCCCUUUAUGCCAGUGGGCGUACAACAGGUAUUGUCUUGGAUUCCGGUGAUGGAGUGAGCCACACGGUGCCAAUUUACGAAGGAUAUGCCCUCCCCCAUGCAAUACUUCGGUUGGACCUUGCUGGUCGUGAUCUGACUGACUCCUUGAUGAAAAUCCUCACUGAGAGAGGGUACUCUUUCACUACCACUGCAGAACGGGAAAUUGUUCGUGACAUAAAGGAGAAGCUUGCUUAUGUUGCCGUGGAUUACGAGCAAGAGUUGGAGACUGCAAAGAGCAGCUCUGCAGUUGAGAAGAGCUAUGAAUUACCUGAUGGACAGGUUAUCACGAUUGGAGCUGAGAGGUUCCGUUGUCCAGAAGUACUCUUCCAGCCAUCUCUCAUUGGUAUGGAAGCUCCCGGAAUCCACGAAACUACUUUCAACUCCAUUAUGAAGUGUGAUGUGGAUAUCAGGAAGGAUUUAUAUGGAAAUAUCGUGCUUAGCGGUGGAUCGACCAUGUUCCCUGGAAUUGCUGAUCGGAUGAGCAAGGAAAUUUCGGCUCUUGCUCCCAGCAGCAUGAAGAUCAAGGUGGUUGCUCCUCCUGAGAGAAAGUACAGUGUUUGGAUUGGAGGAUCAAUCCUAGCAUCUCUAAGUACCUUCCAACAGAUGUGGAUAUCCAAAGGUGAAUAUGAUGAAUCUGGUCCGGCUAUUGUCCACCGGAAAUGCUUCUGAGUUAUUGAGGAAGAGAUCGGUGGUGAAUCAAGAGUCUUCUUCACUUAGUCUUGUGUCACAUGUGAGUUAAGCUUAGUUGGUUUUUGAAGCUCUGGCUUUACCAAUGGAGAAGAGUUAUGAUUAGAGUGUUGGAUGCUUGGGGUUGUAAGCUAUAAACAUGUUGUAUGCUGUUUCGGUGAGUCUUAGAAGCCAACAUACAUUGGCAAUAGUUUAGCUAGGCCUGGAACCUAGCUGGUAGCUGUCUUGUUUCCUAUGGUACAUCGUUUCUCAUCUUUUGGGCAUGAACCUAGGUGCAUUGAGUUAAGAGACCGGUAAGUUUCGUUGCCUUUUUUCUCCCAUGCCGGGAUUCUUAUCUGUUUAUACCUUGGUAUGAGUGACUAAAUUUUCGUGUCAGUUUGUAGUGGACAUUUCUAGAGAACAAUUGAAGUCUUUUCUUUCCUUCUGAGUA